UGUAGUCUGUAGUCUGGUCUGUCGGCAGACUCUGAGGUCUCACUAUGCUGCUUUAUCUGCUGCUGACCAUCUCACUAACAAACGUCCAUGGCCAGAUAGACCCAGCUCACUGUCGUUAUCCUCUCGGUAUGGAGGACGGGAGGAUCAAAAACGAUGACAUCACUGCCUCCAGCCAGUGGUACGAAACCACAGGCCCUCAGUAUGCAAGGUUAAACUGUGAGGAGGGGGACGGCGCCUGGUGUCCUGCUGGUCAGCUGCAGCCCGCAGAUGUUCAGUAUCUUCAGCUUGACCUUCGUCAGCUCAUCUUCCUCACCGUGGUUGCUACGCAGGGUCGCUACGCACGCAACUCCGGCAACGAGUUUGCACGCAAAUACCGUCUGGAGUACAGUCGCGAUGGACACCGCUGGAUCUCCUGGAGAAACCGCUUUGAUAGCGAGACUAUAAUGGGCAAUAUAAACACCUACGACUCUGUGGUGAGAGACCUUCACCCUCCCAUCAUUACUCGAUUCUUACGUUUGAUUCCUGUCACCGAUGCCGUACACACUGUGUGUAUGAGAGUAGAGCUGUUCGGAUGCACCUGGCAGGAUGGCCUGACAGCGUACAGCUCUCCAGAGGGCCAGACCAUGAUGGCUCCUGGCUAUCCCAUUACACCUCUCAACGACUCCACGUACGACGGGGCCCUGGAACGCAGGAAGCUGUCUGGGGGUCUGGGUCAGCUGACGGAUGGUGUGAUUGGUCAGGAUGACUUUGUACAGAGAAGACUGGACCGGUUGUGGCCCGGAUAUGACUAUGUGGGCUGGAGGAACGACAGCUUGGGCCCUGGAUAUGUAGAGAUGGAGUUCCAGUUUGACAGACAACGAAACUUCACCUCUAUGAAGGUUCACAGUAAUAACAUGUUCUCUCGGGGUGUGAAGAUCUUCGCAUCCGUGUCCUGUGUCUUUAAAUUGCACCUCAUUUCGGAGUGGGAAGCAGAACGGGUGGAGUUUCACACCGUUCUAGACGACCGGAACCCAAGCGCUCGGUAUGUGACGGUCCCGUUAAAGCACAGAUCGGCUACGGCGCUGUGCUGCCGCUUCUACUUUGCUGACACUUGGAUGAUGUUCAGUGAGAUCUCGUUUCAGUCUGCAACUAAUGUGCUUCCUACCCAGAGGCCCCCAGUAUUGACCCCUCCUUCAUAUGAUAUUAACAGCAAAGUAUCACAAACGACACAAAAAACAGAGGACCAGACGACAGCAAAACCAUUCAAACCAGGCCCUUCUGAAGAGGGCAGUACAUCGAUUCUGAUUGGCUGUCUGGUGACUAUUAUUCUUCUACUAGUGGUGAUCAUCUUCCUGAUUCUGUGGUGCCAAUAUGUGUGCAAAGUCCUGGAGAAGGCUCCGAGGCGUAUUUUGAAGGAGGAGGUGACAGUGCGUUUGUCCUCUAGCAGUGACACUAUAAUUCUGCAGACUCCCCCGGUGCCCCCGCGCCUCUCCCUCGACCCACCCUACGAGAGGAUCUUCCUGCUGGACCCCCAGUAUCAGGAUCCCGCUGCGCUCAGGAACAAACUUCCCGAGCUGUCGCAAAGCGCAGAAGCUUCUGCCUGUAGCGGAGGAUACACCGAACCUGACGUGACCCUGUGCACCCCACACCAGUGUUUUCAGAGCAGCGUGCCGCACUACGCUGAAACCGACAUCAUCAGCCUGCAGGGGGUCACCGGCAGCAACAUGUACGCCGUUCCGGCCCUCACCGUAGAUUCCCUGACACGGAAGGACAUCUCAGUGGCCGAGUUCCCACGAGAGAGACUGCUGUUCAGAGAGAAACUGGGAGAAGGCCAGUUUGGUGAGGUGCAUUUGUGUGAGGCCGAGGGUUUGGCUGAGUUUCUGGGAGAGGGUGCACCAUUACCGGAGCAGGACGGCAGGCCGGUGCUAGUAGCAGUUAAACAACUCAGAGCGGAUGCCACCAGCAAUGCCAGAAAUGACUUCCUGAAGGAGAUAAAGAUCAUGUCGCGUCUGAAUAACCCAAACAUCAUUCAGCUGCUGUGCGUGUGUGUGAGCUCCGACCCGCUCUGCAUGGUGACGGAGUACAUGGAGAACGGAGACCUCAACAUGUUCCUGUCCCAGAGAGAGAUAGAGAGCACACUCACGCAUGCCAACAACAUUCCGUCUGUCAGCAUUGCUGACCUGUUGCACAUGUCGGUGCAGAUCUCUUCUGGGAUGAAGUACCUGGCUUCUCUGAAUUUUGUGCAUCGUGAUCUGGCCACACGGAACUGCCUCCUGGACCGUCAUCUCACCAUAAAGAUCUCUGAUUUCGGCAUGAGCAGAAACUUGUACAGUAGUGAUUAUUAUCGUAUACAGGGGCGCGCUGUGCUGCCUAUACGCUGGAUGGCCUGGGAGAGCAUUUUACUGGGGAAGUUCACAACAGCUAGUGAUGUCUGGGCAUUUGGAGUAACUCUGUGGGAGAUCUUCACUUUAUGUAAGGAGCAGCCCUACAGCCUGCUGUCUGAUGAACAGGUCAUCGAGAACACCGGCGAAUUCUUCAGAAACCAGGGGAGACAGAUCUUUCUCUCCGCCCCACCACUCUGUCCAUCCUCUCUGUUCGAGCUGAUGAUGCGUUGCUGGAGUCGUGACAUCGCAGACCGGCCCACUUUUCACAGAUUGUAUCAGGCCCUGCGAACUUUUGCGCCCCACUCAUGACCGACACCUGCUCUACUGAAUUAACCUGGAGGAAAA